GGGAGGGCGGGGAGUGCAUGUGCUGCCGUGGUCGUGGCGCAGCAUCGUAAAUCAUGAGAUUGCGUGAAGACGAUAGAUCUGGUAGCGCAAGCGGGGAAGUGGUGAAGCUUGCUCGAAAGGUGCCUGGCAAUGAUCUGGGAUUGGGAUUGUCGUAGAGCGUCGCGUUUUGUGGACACGUGAAGCGUUGCGGGAAUGCUGUUGAGGAUCACAGUGGUGUUGGUGAAGCUUGUUGAGCUUUUGAUAAAAUCAGUCAAAGUUGCGCUGAGAAGAAGAUAGACUUUCUGAGGAUUUGCGCACUUAUCCAACGUUUGAAAUGAGAUAGUAGAACGCGUGGGGUAUCGUCAGUGAAACACUCGACUGGACAUUCUUUCUGUAUCACGUUUCGAGCAUUUACUGCAACAUGAAGCUUUUCUUUUCUCCAGGAUUAUGCAAUGUUUGAACGAGCUUAUGGUUUUACAAGAUCAUUCAUAAGCUUGAAUUCUUUGUAGCGAGACGCUUGAAAAAUUCCUUCUGUUCUGUUAAGUGGUCCUGUGUAGUAGUUAAACGGAUCCCCUCAGAAGUAUAUCAGGAUCCUUUCCAAGGCCUUGCCAAGCACAAUGGCUGUCAAAAUGUUGGUUUGCAUGAGUUCGAAGACUCUGGAAGAGACCGUUGAAGCCAAAUAUGAGCAACAGAAGACGUCGUCGAAACCGGAGUCCAAAUCAGACUUGCGCAAAAUGAAGUCGUUCACUUGCCAGACCCUGAUUCAUCCGUCUUGGUCUUUUAAAAGCCAAGGAAACCAAUGCAUGCCUACACCGCAAGCAAGUUCACCCCAAGCAGGUCCAACUGAUGCAAGUCCGCCCAAAGCUAAGCCACUUGAUGGAAGUUCUUUGGCUGAGAGACAGGAAGAUGUCGCGUCCGGGAGACCUAUUGGAAAAGGCUGGAAAAGUUUUUUUGCAGCGCUACAAUGCUCAAUGGCACCAUUACGAUCCUCUGAUUUUAAGGGAAUGGCGGCUAAGUUGACAGCAGGAGCUUGUACACCAUCAUGCAAGCCUUGUUCAACUUCUGUUUCUGAUCAAGACGCUGCGCAUGCUGUCCACCCAGAGUCUUUGGUGGGAAAUUAUAGUGCUGUCGAUUCAUUGCUACCAGUGGCUCAACCUCGAAGUCCUAAUGCGUUGAAAGAUGACCAUGAAAACCUCAAGAGUAAACCCGGAAGUAAUAAUGGAGAUGAUCCAGAGUCCGCGCGGUCAUCUCAAGUGGUCUCCCCGGAACACAAAAUCAAUAGCAUCCCUUCCAGCGUAGCAAAUGAAAGCCCGAACUGUCCAACAUUCCGUAUUGUGAAUGGUACUGCUGAGAAGAUUCCUGAGGAGCCUCGAAUUUCGAAUCGUCUAGUUCCGACGGGGCCGGGUGUUCCUGGCACAGAAUGGUUUUCACAAGUAGAGCUUGGAGUAUUCAUUACAUUCGUGACUCUGUCCAACGGUUGCAACGCACUGAAACGAAUUCGAUUUUGUCGAGAUAUUUUUAGUAAGAAAGAAGCUGAAUCGUGGUGGGCGGAGAAUGGAAAUCGUGUCCGCGCAACCUACAACGUGCCUGCUUUCGAAAGAACGACAGCAAAUGUUCAUCAAGUCACUUCAAAUUCAGAAGAAGAGCAGGUAUCAGGGGUUUCAGGGUAUGCAACCCCGGCCUAUAGUCCACAGGGGUCACGGGGAGCUUCAAUGUGGAAUUCUCCGGCUGGCUAUGGUUCUGGGAUAUCCCGUGGAGCAUCUUUGAGGGACACAUCAAGCAGGGAAGCCUCAAUCAGGGAGGCUGCAAUGAGGGAAGCCUCGAUUCGAGAAGCAAUGAAAGAGUCUAUGAGGGAUGCGGUUAGCGAGCACUCUGAAUCUGUAACUUGUACCGAAAGAGCAACCGAAACAGACACCGUUGCUGGGAGUGAGGCAGGCAGUGACAGAACUUUCGACGGAGAAGAAACUACUUGGGUUGAAGAAGACGUUCCUGGUGUAUAUUUAACAUUGAAGAAUUUGGCCGGCGGUGGGAGAGAGUUGAAGCGUGUCAGGUUCAGCCGUGAAAAAUUUACAGAGAAGCAAGCAAAACUCUGGUGGGAUGAGAACCGGGGGAGAAUUCAUAAACAAUAUCUAUAACUUCAAAGAGCCUGACCGUGAGCUAUCGCCUGGAUUCGGAUUUGACGCCCAGCCAGUUCCAUGCUUGCGGGUGGAGUCGAGGUUGACUUGCCUCGGAAACUGCACGCUCACUGCGGAUCAAGCAAGGAUACAUACUGAAAUCUAAUCUGGUUUUUCCAAAUGAUUAUGUUUGUAUUCUGUUUCUAUUUUUUAUUUUUAUUUAAAAAAUUCUAGACUCUAACACUGGACUUAGUUUGCUGAAAAGGUUGCUGCAACACAAGGUGCUACUCUUCGACAUCAUACACGUAGAUUAAAGUUCUAGUGCAUUUGUGUCCACGUAACGUUCAGUCCAUAGCCAGUGUGAAGAAAUUACCAUACUUUCAAGAUAAGUCGUAGUUUAGGUGGUUGUGUUAGAAGUCUAUUCACUGUCACUGAAUCUAUUUGAAAGUAAAAUUGUACUUUCACAAAAUUGUACUUUGAAGGACGUGACAAUUCAAAACCCGUGAUAGAAAGAGGGAAAUAGACGAAUUUUGCCUGGGGCUGAAGAAUAGGUGUUACAAUGUGUUUCAUACAGAAGCACGGUCGGUAAAUACAAAUGCACUAUUGAGUCGAGCUCCCAAGAGAUAUUGAAAGCCUAAUAGUGACAAAAGGUUUCGCCCUCUUGCCAUGUGAAUCGUUUUUUGUUCAGAGAUUCAUUUGAUAUUAAGAACGCAAGAGAGAAGCAACUUCGAAGUUCGGCGUCAGCGUUGCAUGACUAUUAGCGGCGCUUUUGAAGAUCUUCACUGUCAUGAACUUUUGGACUGGUAUAUUACAGACAGUGUUACUCUGGUGCAAGCUCUCGAAUGUUGUCUUGGUUGAGCGUAUCAGGUUAAUGUACGUACGCUACUUCUACUCUUUACCUGGACAGUAAACUCUGAGAGCUCUUACCUGAAUAUGGAUAAUAGUGGGGAUGCGUUAUAAAAUUUGUCCUAUUUCCAUCACGUAUCCUGCAGAUGAGUUGCUGCGUCUUCAUGACGAGUUCCUUAGAGCGUUGGUUUAAAUUCUUGACUAUUUGCAAUUAUUUGCAUGAGUUCCAGGCUGUUUGUCCUGUCUUUCAAAUAGAUUCAGUGACAGUGAAUAGACCUCCCCUUAUUCAGCCGUCA